CACAAUGUCAUUGGUUCUCGACUUCUCGCACUAUAGUGCUUUUUUAGAGGUUUGGUUUUCUCUCAUCGUCAUCGCUAGAUAACAACGUAUUUUUCAUGUUGAAUUUAACAAUAAAAACAUAUUUGAUGAUUAUAUUACUCCUGGCAUAAUUAUUUUUUUUAUUAAAAGUUGAACCAUCUGCGUGUAACUUAAAAAUCAUGCACGGAAGGGUCAAGGUACGUACUACCGCUGAACAGGAAAAAAUCAAGCAAGCUGAGAGACAGAAAAAAGCAGUAGAGUUCAAGAAGGGGGUGGAAUUAGUUUUUGAAAAGAGAAAAAAGCAAAAAUGGGACGAUGAAAUACUUUUGAUAACAGAAAAAUUACUUGUGCGACAUCCAGAUGUUUAUACAUUGUGGAAUAUAAGAAGAGAGACAUUUUUAAACAAUAACUGGUCUGAUGAAGAACGUAUAGAAAAAUUAGAGAAGGAGCUUUCACUCACAGAAUCAAGUUUAAGAGAAAAUCCGAAAUCAUACUGUGUUUGGCAUCAACGUACAUGGGUUAUCGAGCAUUUACCAAAUCCAAAUUGGAAGAGAGAAAUAGAUUUGUGUAACAAAUGUUUGAAUCUAGAUGAAAGAAAUUUUCAUUGUUGGGACUACAGAAGAUUUAUAGCAAGCAAGGCCAAUGUGCCAGAUACUGAAGAAUUAGAGUUCACUACUACUAAAAUAUUAAAUAAUUUUUCAAACUAUUCUUCAUGGCAUCUUAGGAGCAAAAUAUUACAAAAGUUAUACCCAAGUAAUGUUCAUGAUCUGCCUAUUAGAGCUGAUAAACAUGACGAAGAACUUGAUCUUGUUAUGAAUGCAACUUUUACUGAUCCAAAUGAUUCAAGUGCCUGGUUUUAUCAUAGAUGGUUACUAGAUUAUUGGAAAUCUCCGCUGAAAUUGUGGAGAGCAGUAUUAACAAAAACAACUUUAACUGCAGCCUUUCAUAAAGAAGUUCCUUGUGAUUUUGAAUUAUUUUUAAAUGAUAAAAAAUAUGAAUGUGAAUGGAAAUCUGCUAAUGGAAAAAAUGUUUCUGCUGCAUGGUAUGCAGUAUUUGAAAAAGCCUUGGAUGAUGAUUAUAAAAAAAUAUUCUUGAAAUUUGAAGGGAAUCAUCAUGAAUUUAAACCAUCAAUAAAAUCUUCGAGUGAAUGGAUCUAUGAAAGUACAACUUUGAGUGGAAAUCAUAAUAAUCCAAAAUUAAAUGAACAGUUGGAAAAUUAUCAAACACUAGCAAAAAUGGAGCCUUGUAACAAAUGGGCCCGGUUAACGAGUAUACACUUGAUGUUAAAUAUAAAUCCAAUAGGGGAUAAUUCAAAGAUUAUAAAAGAAUUUGGUGAAUUAAUAAGGAUUGAUCCACUUAGAGCUAAUUAUUACAAGGACAUGUGUAGCAAAUAUACUCUUUAUUAUAAUUUAAAUCCAAUAGAUGUUGAACCAGAUGGAAGUGAUAAUGCUUGUGAUAUUAAUUUGUCGAAUUUAGAAUUGACAAGUAUUUCCAGUCAAGAACCUUAUUUGACAUUUUAUCGUGAAGUAAAUUUUAGCAAUAAUUGUAUUGAGAAUAGACUUCAUCAGCUGUAUACAUUACAGCAGUGCGUGAAGCUUGACUUGUCAAAAAAUAAUAUAAGUUCUAUAAAAUCAUUCCCGACUUUGCAUAAUUUAAGGGUCUUAUUGCUACAUGAAAAUCAAAUAAAUAACUAUGAAGAGGUUUGUGAUCUAAUACAAAGACACAAUUUGACAAAAAUAGAUUUGCAAGGAAAUCCUUUUCUUGAUAAAGAAUCACUAGUCAGCAAGAUCAAGAAUAUUUCUUCAGAUGUGGAGGUGGUGGCUUAACUUAUGUAUAUAUAUAUGAAUAACUAUUGCACAGCUGAAUAAAUUAUUUGUAAAUACAUAAAAAAUUAUUUUAUACAAAUAUAUUUCAAAUUUUAUUCAGCCAAGUUAUGCUAAAAGGUUUUGUUUGCUAUUAAACUGCAAAACAUAUUUAUAAAAGUAUAAAGAAUGAAUCAUAAAUUUGUAAUAACUACUGUUGACUGUCAAUAAUAAUCUACAUUUUUAAAAAAA